AUGAUGUCCGACAGACCUGAAGGACACAAGCGCUCUCGGAGUACGCUAGCGCUUUCCUUACUCCAUCGUGAUAAAUCCAAAGGCGAAGACAAGGAGGACGACAACCCCGCGGACAAUUCCGCCUCGACGAAUAGCCCCUCGAUGACGCACACUCGCAGCUUCAGCCGUAGUCGUCGCAAGCAAACUCAGGACCCAAAUCAUCCCCCAGUUCCCGAGGACUCCCUCGAGCAAAUCGCUGCCAACCAGGGCUCCCGGGGCAGAGACACUAUGGAUGAUAAGGAGGCUUCAUCACCUCAGCCGGAGUUGGGCAGCAUGUCUCUCGACCAGUCAGUGCGGACUUUCCGAUUAUUCGAGAUCCUGCGCAGUGGUGAUACGAAUGCCAUUUCCAAGGCUAUCAAGGAAUCCGGGGAUACACAAGUGGCGAACAAUCUGUAUGGAACUACCAUUCUCCACCUGGCUCUGCAGUGUGCAGAGCCCCAGGUGGUGGAAUUCGUGCUGUCUUCAAGCGAGGGCUUGGAUAUCAACGCUCGGGAUCGUGAGGGCAAUACCCCGCUUCAUCUUGCUGCCCAGCUUGGACGCACCUCUUUGGUCCGGGAUCUACUUAGUCGAUCCUCCGUCAACGACGCCGUCGUCAACUAUCGGGGUCAAACUGCUCUCGAUCUCGCCCGUACACCAGAGAUCUUCCAGCAACUCCAGCUGGCCCGGUCUCUCUUCAUUGACGAAAAGACCCGGGAAAUCCAAGCUCUGCUUACGAAAAAGCAAUAUGAUGAGCUAGAGAAAUUGUUGGAGGAACCUCGUGCAGAAGGCAUUUUGGACGUCAACAGCCUGGAUCUGGUCACCGACCGAACCACAGCACAGACUGGCGGUACUUUGCUACACGAAGGUGCUCGGAACAAAGAUGUGCAACUUAUUGAGCUUCUUCUCACUCAUGGAGCGGACCCUUUCCGACGUGACAAGAAAGGAAAGCUGCCCCAGGAUGUCACCAAGGAUGACAAGACCAAGGCGAUGUUGAAAAAGUCCCCGGCUGCUGCACUUGCUCAGCGAGGUAUCCAGGAGAAGGCUAUUCUCGGAAACAGUAAUGCGCAAGGCCUGGUGGGCCGAGCAUCCAUUGGAGAGGCACCUUUGGCCGGUAAAGAGGCCCGUGAGAUGCGUGGCUAUCUCAAGAAAUGGACCAACUAUACAACCGGCUACAAGUUGCGCUGGUUCGUUCUCGAGGACGGUGUUCUUAGCUACUAUAAGCACCAAGAUGACGCUGGUUCUGCUUGCCGUGGAGCAAUCAAUAUGAAGAUCGCUAGGCUAGAUAUGGACGCUCAAGAUAAGACUCGAUUUGAAAUCCACGGAAAAUCGUCGGUCAAGUAUCAUCUGAAAGCGAACCACGUUGUGGAGGCCAAGCGGUGGUUCUGGUCUCUGAAUAACGCGAUUCAGUGGGCCAAGGACGAGGCCAAGGAGGAAGCGCGUCAACGUUCGCAAAACGCAGAAGUUCUUCGUCAAGCCAAGAUGGACCAGUCAACUUUCAGCGGAACUCCUUCUGAGUCUGGCCUGAGUCACAAACCCAGCACCAAGGGUCUUGCGCCUCCUUCUCUCGGAGUACCCGGUAGCAGCAGCAGCGUUAAGCUUAGCACACACACCUCCCGUGCGACUCUUGAAGUCACACCCGAGGAUGAGGCGGGCUCGGCUUAUGGCUCACUCGAUGCUCCCAAUGAGGUGAACAGAACGAUCAGCCAUGUCACUACUGCGCCUGAUAUGGAUGGCGAUGACGACGAAUACGGUGACUAUGCUUCCAGUCGUGAUUUGCCUUUGGAGGACAAGGAUGCUUUGAACAUUACUGCACAGUCAACAAAGCUUCAACUAGAUCUUUUGGCCAAUGUGUCUGCUUCUCUGCAGGCAGAGAGGUCUAAGAACCCAGAUAUGACUAUUUCGGAUCCGGCAAUUGAGCAAGCUCUUGGUGCCUACGAGGGAGCCGUUAGUAGUCUUAAGGGCUUGAGAAGAACACCUUCGUCAAAUGUGGGAAGAGAGCAUGGCGCGUGUCGCUCAAGAGCACGAGGAGUUGCAGUCCAAGAUGGGCGAGUCCGAGGAAAGCGGAAGCGCACCAAGCGGGCUCUGAAGGAAGCUCUGGAGAAUGCUACUGGUAGCAGCCGGGAGAUUAGUGGCCCGCCGUCUCGUAUCCUGGCUGAAGACCGGGACGAAGAAGGUCAGGAGGAAGCCGAAAAUAAAGGUGGCCAGCGAGGUGAAUCAGGCUGGCCUGUUCCCACUCACAAAAAGUCUGUCGCGAAGUCCACGUAUUCUCAGAUUAGCAGUCUCUAUGACUCUGAGUCUGAUGGCGACGAAUUUUUUGAUGCCAUUGAUGCGGGAGAAAUCGAAGUGGAGGACGUUACUAAGUUUGAACCUCAAGAACACGAGGAGCCCGAAGAUGCAAGCUCUCAAGCUCGUAAUGAUAAGGUGGCAGUGAUUAAGCCUUCCUUCAAAGGUUACGAAGAGCCUGUACGAACAAAGCUGAAGAUGGACAAUGACAAUAGGCCCAAAAUCUCUCUCUGGGGGAUUUUGAAAUCCAUGAUUGGCAAGGACAUGACCAAGAUGACGCUCCCAGUCUCUUUCAACGAGCCAACCUCAUUACUUCAGCGAGUUGCUGAAGACUUGGAGUAUACUGACCUUCUUGAUAUCGCAGCUGAUCGAACUGAUUCAAUGGAACGUCUGGUGUAUGUGGCUUCGUAUGCUGCAAGUGAAUAUGCCUCGACAAUUGGCCGAGUGGCGAAGCCAUUUAAUCCUCUGCUCGGUGAGACUUUCGAGUACGUGCGGCCUGACAAGGGCUACCGAUUCUUCGUGGAACAGGUCAGCCACCACCCUCCAAUUGGUGCUGCGUGGGCCGAGUCGCCUAAAUGGGAUUACUGGGGCGAAUCCUCCCUGAGAUCCAAGUUCUACGGCAAAUCUUUUGAUAUCAAUUUGCUCGGCACAUGGUUCCUCAAGCUGCGACCGAUCACCGGUGGGGAGGAGCUGUACACCUGGAAGAAGGUCACAUCCUCGGUAAUUGGCAUUAUUACCGGCAACCCCACCGUGGACAAUUAUGGUCUCAUGGAGAUCAAGAACUGGACCACAGGAGAGGUUUGCUACCUUGACUUCAAGCCCCGCGGGUGGAAAGCAUCGUCGGCCUACCAGGUCAGCGGUAAGGUGGUUGACAAAGACGGUUCUCCCAGAUGGAGUAUCGGCGGUCGCUGGAACGACAAGAUCUAUGCACGCCACACCCCCGGCUUUGAAGCACCCGUCUCUGGCCAGGACCCCGAGUCAGCCAAGACACUCCUGGUAUGGCAGGCUCAUGCUCGUCCCACUGGCGUGCCUUUCAACCUCACUCCCUUCGUUAUUACCUUGAACGCCCUUCCCGAAGGCCUGAAGGACUGGCUACCCCCGACAGACACGAGACUGCGUCCCGAUCAGCGGGCCAUGGAAGAUGGCGAGUACGAUCUUGCUGCUGAUGAGAAGCACCGCGUUGAAGAGAAGCAACGUUCCAAGCGGCGAGAACGCGAAACCAACGGGGAGAUUUACCACCCCCAAUGGUUCGUCCGUGCCACCUGCCCUAUCACCGGCGAGGAUUACUGGUCCCACAACGGAAAGUACUGGGCGAGCAGAGAUGCCCAUGAUUGGAGUCUUUCGGAAGAUAUCUUCUAG